AUGUCAUUGAUGGGCCGACAUAGCAUCAUAUUGGAUGCAUUGAAGCAGAAGAUUCGCGUGGCGAAGCACGAGCUGGAGCGCUACAAGGACGACUAUACAAACUGCCAGCGAAAGCUGCAGCAGCAGCUGGAGGCUGCAGAGCGAAGCCGCUUGGCAGCUCAGCAGCGCGCCGAGCAUGAGCUGGAGCUGGUAACGCAGCAGCUGGAGCAGCUUAGCUGGCAGCUGGACAAGAGCAAGCAGCUGGCCAACGAAGCGGAUCGCAUGGCGCAGUGCAGCGAGAAGCGUGCGGCGCAGCUAAGCGAGCGACUGCAGCAGAGCGAACAGCAGCUGGAGCUGAGUGGCAAUGGCCAAGUGCUGCUGCAGCUGGAGCUGGGCGCAGCUGCGCAGAAUCUGCACUGCGUGGAGCGUGCGUUUGAGCAUUCGGCGCAGCAGGUGCACAGCCUGGACUGCCAGCUGGGCAGACUGCAGCAGCGACUGCGCGAGAGCGAACGGCGCGCCGAGCUGGCCGAGGCGACGGCCGAGCAACUGCAGCAUGCCGCCGAAUAUAUCGAGGAGCGUUACGAGCAGCGCUGGCGCGACAAGCUGCACAAGUAUGGAUUGGACUAA